AUGGCUAAUGGAGGCCUCCAGAUGUUGGGCUUUGUCCUGGCUUUCAUCGGCUGGAUUGGCAUCGUGGUCAGCACGGCCAUGCCCCAGUGGAAGAUCUCCUCCUAUGCGGGGGACAAUAUUGUGACUGCCCAAGCCAUCUAUGAAGGCCUCUGGAUGUCCUGCGUCAUGCAGAGCACGGGGCAGAUGCAAUGCAAGGUGUAUGACUCCCUUCUCAAGUUGCAAGGCAGCCUGCAAGCAACCCGGGCCUUGAUGGUGUCCAGCAUCCUUUUGGGUCUCAUUGGAUCUUUCGUCGCCAUGAUUGGCAUGAAGUGCAUGAAGUGCUUGGAAGACGAUGAGGUCAAGAAGUCAAGGAUGGCCAUUCUUGGAGGUGUCAUCUUCCUCAUUUCAGGUGAAGAAUGCCUUCCUUCUUUAAAUCCAUGGCUGGGGACCGGGGAUCGCCUCGGCCCUCGUGCUAGUUUGUGGUCUUGCAAAGAGACGUCGGUAUGGAAGCCACCAGAGAUGGGCCAGUAGGUUGGAUUCCUGGGAAAGGGGGGGUGAUACAA